UCCUCUUCACUUUUCAGGAAGCAACCAAGAUGUUUUCGGGAUACGCACAAAGUCAAACGGGAACCAUUUAAAUGAUAUUUUUAAACAGAAACAUGAAAAGAUGAGGAUUUUUGGAGAGACGAUUUAGGAGGACAACAAUCGCUAGCCGGUGGAGAUAUUUCAUUUUAGAAGAGCACAGCGAGGAAAGAGGUCAUGCAGCACUACGGGGUCAACGGCUACUCCCUGCACGCCAUGAACUCCCUCAGCGCCAUGUAUAACCUCCACCAGCAGGCGGCGCAACAGGCCCAGCACGCCCCCGAUUACCGGCCCUCGGUGCACGCCCUCACUUUGGCCGAAAGACUGGCUGACAUCAUCCUGGAGGCCCGCUACGGCUCGCAGCACCGAAAGCAGCGGCGCAGCAGGACGGCCUUUACCGCCCAGCAGCUGGAAGCUCUGGAGAAGACCUUCCAGAAGACGCACUACCCAGACGUAGUCAUGCGGGAGCGUCUGGCCAUGUGUACCAACCUCCCCGAGGCCCGAGUGCAGGUGUGGUUCAAGAACCGGCGGGCCAAGUUUCGCAAGAAGCAGCGCAGCCUGCAGAAGGAGCAGCUCCAGAAGCAGAAAGAGGCGUCAGGAACCGCCGAGGCCUCCGCCGAGGACACCAAGGCCGAGGUUACGCCUCCCGUGGACUCCCAGGCUACCCCGCCUCCUCCCUCCUCCGCCUCAUCCUGCCACUCCGAGUCGGACAGGCUGGCGGGGGCGGCGGCGGCGAGUUCUCACGAGCCCGGCGAGACGAGCGUGGAGGUGAAUGUCACCUCCCCCGAGCCAUCCGAUGGCGAGUCAGCGGCGGAGGACAAUUCGUACGCAGAGGAGGACAGAGUGAGGGGGGAGGCGAGGGGUAGGAAUAGGGAGGAGGCGCAAGGGCAUGGGGAGAUGCAGCCAGGUGGCAGCUCGCCGUCCUACAAGCAACUCAGCCCGACAUCAGACUCCGCCCUGAGCCCGCCCGCCCUGCCGUCCUCCAGCAGCAUGCCGAGCGGCCCGGCCCAAAGCAACUCGUACGCAUCGUCGCCACUCAGCCUCUUCCGGCUGCAGGAGCAGUUCCGCCAGCACAUGGCGGCCACCAACAACAUGGUGCACUACCCGUCCUUCGACAUGAGCGCGCCAUCCUCGCUGCCCUACUUGGGCAUGAAUGUCAACAUGCCGGCCCCGCUGGGCUCGCUGCCCUGCCAGUCUUACUACCAGACGCUGUCUCAAGCCCAGCAGGUGUGGAACACCCCCCUGCUGCCGGGGGCCUCGGGCGGCCUUCCGGGAAGCCUCAAUAGCAAGACCACCAGUAUCGAAAACCUGCGGCUGAGAGCCAAGCAGCAUGCGGCCUCACUGGGAUUGGACACGCUCCCCAACUGAAGGCGCUGCCAUGCCAAGCGCUUUCGCCCUUCGAUCCGGGCUCGGGGACUUUGGCUCCACCUGUGUUUUCCUCAUUCAACCGCAACAACUUCAGAGGCCACCUCGAUUUGAACUUUCCAACUGGCCAUGUUCUUUUUCAAGGCCUCUGCCAGAGGAACAUAAAAAAAAGAAAAUAAAGGAAAAAAAAAAAAAGAUCCACUGGACUGCAGUGCACUGAAUCCCCGCUAUCCUGCUGCGAAUAGCAAAACCCACAAAAUAUGUAUGUAAUUGCCUAAAGAUGCCACAAGAGGGUGGCAAAGCCAAUGAAACUCAACUCACUUCAGUAUACUGUACUAAGUUUCUUAGCACCAAGAUGAUUGGGAAUAGGCGAGUAUUUCCUGGAAAAAAAAAAACAGAGCAUAGUAUCGUAAAAAGACGAAGAAAAAAAAAUCGCCAAAUCGGCAAAGUCAAAAAAGCCGAACGGCAAAUAAGCUGUACUCUAUGCUUUCCCAUUCCACUUUUGCUGCUGUACACACAGAAUGAAUUACACUCUUAUUAGCCAGAAGAACGCAUGCAAACAUUGCAUUAAAGUUGACAGGUGGACCGUUGCCGUUGAUUUAGCCGUCAACAAAAAAAAAAACAUUUGCAAAAUUCUAAUCGGUCACUAAAAGCCAUGUACAUGCAACAAAGACUCUACGUAACAACCCAGGCUAAAUUUAGCCCUGUGGCUUACAAAGGUUGUCUCUCAGUCAAGGUGUACUACAAACUCUACUAUUUUCUUAUUUAGACAAGGCUUUGGUACAGUCUUGUGGCUCACAAAAAAAA